AUGUUCUUCAUCAUCAAGCUCUUCACCAUCUUCUUCUUAAGCUUCUUUUGUCAAUCCCUAAUGUCCUCUUCCCAAAUAGUCCACUUCACGUACAAUGGCUUCCGUCCUCCACCGACAGACAUAUCCAUCCAAGGGAUUGCCACCAUUACACCCAAAGGUCUCUUGAUGCUAACCAACACAACCGUGCAGAGCACCGGUCACGCCUUCUUUACCAAACCGAUCCGGUUCAAAGAUUCUCCAAGCGGCACCGUCUCGUCUUUCACCACUACCUUUGUGCUGGCUAUUCACUCUCAGCUCCCCCUUGUUGGCACCCACGGCAUGGCCUUUGUCGUUGCUCCUAGCCCUAGCCUCCCAUUUGCCAGCCCCUUACAAUACCUUGGUCUCUUUAAUGUCUCAAACAACGGUAAGGAUAGUAAUCAUGUAUUCGCUGUCGAGUUUGACACGAUUAUGAAUAUCGAGUUCAAUGAAACGGACAAUAACCAUGUUGGGAUCGAUAUCAACAGCUUGAACUCGGUUAAAACUUCGCCUGCUGGGUACUGGAACGAGAAAGCUGAUCAGUUUAAUAAUCUUACUUUGAUCAGUAGUAAACGUAUGCAGGUUUGGAUCGACUACGAUUGUCAUACCAAUCGAAUCGAUGUGACGAUGGCUCCUUUCAAAAAGAAUAAACCUAGAACACCACUUGUUUCUAUCGUCAGAGACCUGUCGUCGGUUCUUUUGCAAGAUAUGUACGUAGGUUUCUCGUCUGCGACUGGUAAUAUUGUGUCCGAACAUUUCGUUCUUGGGUGGAGUUUUCGGGUGAACGGGGAAGCUCAGCCAUUGGCCUUAUCGAAACUUCCGGAGUUGCCUGUAUUGGAUUCAAAACCCACGAGAGUCAAAAGCUUCUACCGGAACUGGGUGCCGUUGAUUUCUGUCAUGUUGAUUUCUCUCUUGCUUAUUAUCUUCCUCGUGCGCUUUAUCGUGAGGAGGAGGAUAAAGUUUGCUGAGGAGCUCGAAGAUUGGGAAACAGAGUUCGAGAAGAACAGAUUAAAGUUCAAGGACUUGUACUACGCCACCAAAGGGUUCAAGGAUAAGAACCUUCUUGGAUCAGGCGGCUUCGGGAGGGUUUACAGAGGCCUAAUGCCCAAGACAAAGAAGGACAUCGCCGUGAAAAGAGUCUCCAACGAGUCCAGACAAGGGUUGAAAGAGUUUGUAGCUGAGAUCGUUAGUAUUGGACAGAUGAGUCACCGGAACUUAGUCCCUCUCUUGGGAUAUUGCCGCCGGAGAGAUGAGCUUCUUCUGGUGUACGAUUACAUGCCCAAUGGAAGCUUAGACAAGUAUUUGUACAACAGUCCAGAGGUAACCCUCGAUUGGAAACAGAGGUUUAAAGUCAUUAAUGGUGUGGCCUCUGCCUUGUUCUACCUCCAUGAGGAAUGGGAACAAGUGGUGAUUCACCGCGACGUCAAAGCCAGUAAUGUCUUAUUAGACGCGGAGCUCAAUGGGAGGCUUGGUGACUUCGGUUUAGCUCAGUUGUGUGAUCACGGGUCUGAUCCUCAGACAACGCACAUAGUUGGAACGUGGGGAUACCUAGCCCCCGAUCACAUCAGGACAGGACGGGCCACGACCAGUACUGAUGUUUUUGCGUUUGGGGUGCUCCUGCUAGAAGUGGCGUGCGGUAGACGUCCUAUCGAGAUUAAUCACGUAAGUGGUGAAAGGGUCGUACUUGUGGAUUGGGUUUUUGGGUUCUGGAUGGAGGGAAACAUCUUGAAUGCUACGGAUCAGAAUCUAGGCUCCGAGUAUAACCAAGGAGAGAUCGAAAUGGUUUUGAAGCUAGGUUUGUUGUGCUCUCACGCUGACCCACUAGCUAGACCAACUAUGAGACACGUGCUACAAUAUCUAAGGGGAGAUUCAACGUUACCAGAACUGUCGCCGGUAGACUUACGUGGGAGUGGGAUCAUGUUGGGAACCAACCAUGGAUUUAAUGAGUCAGGCAUGUUUACCACUGGAUCUUCAGUUGCUUAUUCUGUACUCUCCAGCGGUAGAUGAUUUUCGUAUAUCAUGACGUUUCUAGCUAUAAAGCAAUUAUCUACAAAAUAUAGAGGACCAUGUUUACGUAGAAUAUUGUAUGUACCAGUUUAUUCUUAUUUCUUAAUGAUGUUGCAUGCAAAUUAAAGUAGAAGUGGUUGAUGU